AUGGCUUCUGACGCUAGUCAUAUGCUUGAAGCAGCUUUGGAGCAGAUGGAUGACAUCAUUGCAGGUACAAAGUCAGCUACAGAGUAUGCUAAUGGUGGUUAUGAUAUUGUGUCACCUGCUCCAUCAGUAUACUUGGGCACAUUUCAAAUUUUGCAUCUCCUGGAAGAUCUAAAGAUGGCAUUGGAAAUGCUAGAGGAUCCUCAAGAGAAAGAAGCAUUGCGAAAUCAAAUUCCAGGGGCCACAGCAGUGUGUAUACGGGAGUGGUUUGAAGAGAAUCUGUCACAGGUGAAUCAUCAUUCAUCUAAUAAUGAAACUUACCAAGAAAGAUUGGCACGAUUAGAAGGUGAUAAAGAGUCACUCAUACUGCAGGUGAGUGUUCUUACAGACCAGGUGGAAGCUCAAGGAGAGAAAAUCCGGGACUUAGAAAUCUGUCUUGAGGGGCAUCAGUUGAAACUGAAUGCUACGGAAGAAAUGCUUCAACAGGAGUUGCUAAGUCGAACAUCACUAGAGACUCAGAAAUUAGAUCUAAUGGCUGAAGUUUCAGACCUGAAGAUUAAGCUGGUUGGCAUGGAAAAGGAACAGAGUGAAUAUGAAGAGAAACAGAACAAAGCUGAGGGUUUGCUACAGGAACUUAGACACCUCAAAAUUAAAGUCGAAGAAUUGGAAAAUGAAAGAAAUCAAUACGAGUGGAAAUUAAAAGCAACUAAAGCUGAGAUAGCCCAGCUACAGGAGCAAUUAGCUCUCAAAGAUGCAGAAAUAGAACGCUUACAAAGUCAGCUAUCUAGGACCUCAUCGCACAGUGAAGUGGCAGAAAGAGAUCAAGAAGUUCAACGGUUGAAGAUAGGAAUGGAGUCGUUAUUGGCUGCAAAUGAAGAAAAGGACCGUCGAAUAGAGGAGUUAACACUAUUGCUAAGCCAGUACAGGAGGGUCAAAGAGAUAAUGAUUGCAGCUCACGGCUCUUCUGUCUCUGGUGGCAGUGAAGAGGAACUUGAGACAACUUCAAGGAAGUGGAAUCUUUUGAAUAAUCCUCAAGGAGAAUUAUUUAAAGCAGAGGCCUCUUCAGGAGAAUUGUCACCAGCUAUGCUCUCUCCAGUGCCACACAAAGCUACAGAAAUCAGUGGAAGCAUUCCAGUAUCUUCAACUAAUUUAACCUCUCCACAAGAAGAAUCCUUGGAAAUCAUAAAUAGGGUUCCACAGAAAAAAAAGUCCAGUAGUUUAGAAGACUUGCAGAGUGAAUCCCUGGAAAAGUAUGUAGACGGAAAACCAGUACAGCCUGUUGUAGAACAAGAGAGUAAGCCACUUGUGAAAGGCAGCAAGUAUCAAACCUUGCCAGGAAAGCUGCCUCGACCCUUACAGAAUGGAGAGCAGGGAACAUAUAAUUUGCCAGAUGGAUGUGGCAUGAACGACGAGGACAACAGCGUCCUGGGCCUAAAUCGCAUCAGGAGUGUCAGUGCACCAGUGCUAGGAGAAACAGAAAAUGUGGAUGGUACAGUAGUCUCGGAUGACCUUUCACCUCUUUCUUCGGGAAUGGAUUCAGGUCCACAAUCUCCACUGUGUCCAGAAAACAGAAAGAGUCCAAAAGGGAUCAAGAAAAUCUGGGGAAAAAUAAGAAGAACUCAGUCAGGUAACUUCCCUGCAGACGAUCUGGGUUUGGCAGAGUUUCGAAGAGGUGGUCUCCGUGCAACAGCUGGACCUCGGUUAUCCAGAUCAAAGGAAACCAAAGGCCAGAAAAGUGACUACAAUGCUCCGUUUGCUCAGUGGAGCACUGAAAGAGUUUGUAACUGGCUUGAGGACUUUGGUCUCGGUCAGUACGUCAUUUUUGCACGGCAGUGGGUGACUUCAGGCCAUACACUGUUAACUGCGACACCUCAGGACAUGGAAAAGGAAAUGGGAAUAAAGCAUCCACUGCACAGGAAGAAAUUAGUUUUGGCCAUUAAAUCAAUAAAUGCAAAACAAGAUGAGAAGUCUGCACAACUCGAUCAUAUCUGGGUGACACGAUGGCUUGAUGAUAUUGGUUUACCUCAGUACAAAGACCAGUUUCAUGAAUCCAGAGUUGAUGGGAGAAUGUUGCAGUACUUAACUGUGAAUGACCUUCUCUUUCUGAAAGUCACCAGUCAGCUGCAUCAUCUGAGUAUUAAAUGUGCCAUUCAUGUGCUGCAUGUCAACAGUUUUAACCCCCACUGUCUACGCAGGAGACCAGUUGAGGAGAAUAACGUUUCGCCUUCUGAAGUAGUUCAGUGGUCCAAUCACAGAGUGAUGGAAUGGCUCAGAUCAGUCGAUCUGGCAGAAUAUGCACCAAACCUUCGAGGAAGCGGAGUGCAUGGUGGCCUGAUUAUUCUCGAACCUCGCUUCAAUGGUGACACGCUGGCAAUGCUGCUGAAUAUUCCACCUCAAAAGACCCUACUGCGACGCCACCUAACAACCAAUUUUAACGUAUUAAUUGGACCAGAGACACAACAAGAAAAGAGAGAAAUAACAGAAUCAACAGCAUACACACCUCUGACCACCACUGCCAAAGUUCGGCCAAAGAAACUUGGAUUUUCACAUUUUGGAAACUUAAGAAAAAAGAAAUUUGAUGAAUCAACAGACUACAUUUGUCCUAUGGAUACAAACCCAGCUGCUACGAAUGGUACUCAGAAAAACUAUGGUGGAUACAAAGGACUUAGUCCACUCACUGAUAGGGAACUGGAUCAGAUGGAACAUUCAGAAGGAACAGUAAUGCAAAUAGGGGCUCUUUCUCAAGGCAUAAGCCAUCUUACGACGAUGUUAAGCCAAGAUGAAAUGCUGAAUGACAGCAGAUUUUUAACACCUACUUUUGAAGACUGGAGAUGAUGUUUCAACAUGACCAAGACCACUAAUAAUACACCUCACGCCUGUCCAGAGGGGUGGCCAGGAGAAGCUUGAUGCUGUGGUACAGAAAAGCUUUACCUCUUUUCUGCCAAUGAUGAGACUUACCACAUCAUAGCAGUCAAUAUUGUCAAUGUAGCAACACAUUACAGG